GUACUGGGUAGUGAGCUGGGAUGAGGGCAGUGAGAGAGGCGCCUCACACUGCCCACAAUCAUCGUCCAGUACGCGCGUAUAUCUCCACGCUCCUCCACGCCUCACACCUCCACGCCUCACCAUGACUUCCUAUACUGACAAGGGUCCCAAGCCAGACUCCGGCAAGUUCCUACACUUCGACUACAUCACCUUCUGGGUGGGCAACGCUAAGCAGGCAGCCAGCUACUACACCACCAGGCUGGGGUUUGAGCCUUAUGCCUACAAGGGUCUGGAGACCGGCUCGCGUGAAGUCUGCUGCCAUGUAGUCAAACAGAACAAGAUAGUGUUCGUGUUCGCCAGUGCUCUGAACCCGUGCAACCAGGAGAUGGGUCGUCACCUGGUCACUCAUGGUGACGGUGUCAAGGAUAUUGCCUUCAACGUUCAUGAUCUUGACGCCAUUAUGAAGAGAGCUAAGGAGCGUGGAGCCAAGGUGGUGAGGGAGAUCUGGGAGGAAGAGGACGAUGGAGGCAGAGUUCGCUUUGGCACAGUUCAGACGUACGGAGACACGACUCACACCUUCGUGGAGAGAAGUAACUACAAAGGUCUCUUUCUCCCUGGUUACAAACCUCCUCUCAUACCCGAGGACAAAAUUCUUGCCAAGUUACCUGCGCCUCGUUUGGACUUUGUGGAUCACAUCGUAGGUAACCAACCCAACUUGGAGAUGGAGAGCACAGCUGCCUGGUAUGAGAAACAUUUGAUGUUUCACCGCUUCUGGUCUGUGGACGACACACAGAUCCACACCGAGUACUCAGCACUCCGCUCCAUAGUUGUUACUAACUGGGAGGAAACUAUCAAGAUGCCUAUCAACGAGCCAGCACCAGGGAGGAAGAAAAGUCAGAUCCAGGAGUAUGUAGACUAUUAUGGAGGCGCAGGUGUCCAGCACAUCGCUCUCAAUACACAAAAUAUUAUCUCUGCGAUCGAGAAUCUACGUGAGCGAGGGAUGGAGUUCCUGAGUGUGCCAGACACUUACUACGAACAACUGCAGGAGAAACUCAAGUCCUCCAAGGUGAAGAUCACAGAAGAUAUGGAGGUCCUGCAGAAGCUGAAGAUCCUGAUAGACUACGACGACGAUGGUUACCUCCUUCAAAUCUUCACCAAGAACAUGCAGGACCGACCCACAGUCUUCCUCGAGGUCAUCCAGCGACACAACCACCAAGGAUUUGGCGCAGGCAAUUUUAAGGCGCUGUUUGAAGCAAUAGAGUUAGAUCAAGCAGCCCGUGGCAACCUGUGAGAGUGAUGAUCAAGACUGGGAACAAAUGAGGAGUUGGGAGGAGGGAUUGGGGGGGGGGGUUCUAUAGCUUCAUAUCCUGGUGGGCUAUAAGACAGGUGGGUCUUACAGCCUUACCUGUUGCUGGAUCACAGGACAGGUGGGUCCUCAGGACUCGUCUCAUGAUGGGCCACAAGGAGAGGCGAAGAACCUCAAGCUUCAUCUGUUGGCUUUGCACAGGACAGAUGGUGGGGGGGAUCCCACCGCUUCACUUGCCUCUGGGUAAAUGCUUUCACUUAAUUCAUUGAGUUUAAGUGUCAAAUUUUGUAUAAACAGAUCUAUAUAGUUUAAAUAUAUCAUGCUCAACUGCCUGUCGAACAUUUUAAGUAACUAGCUCUAUUCUACUGCACAUAUUUGUUUCAAUAUAAUGUAAAUAGUAUUAUAUAUUUCCAUUAUAUAUUACAAGCAUAUUUAGACGAUAGGUGUAGCUUUCACAACUGCAGUUUUUUAAUGCAUAAUGGAGAAGUUUUGCCCAAGUUACUCAGUAGUGAGCAAAGAUGAAUAAUGGCAGUUGAGAGGUGAAUGGAGGUUCUUAGUUUCCGUCCUCUCCUACAGUUUUAAUGUGAAAUUUAUAUAUACAUGUAGUAAUUAAGAAACUGUAUAAUAAUCUAAAUAUCUUUGAUGAACAAUGUACGUAGAGUUUUGUUUAGAAUGAGAAAUAAAUCAUAUUUAGUAAUUAUAA